GUGCGCCGAAAAAAACAACAAAUGGAAGCCAACCUUCAUUAUGGUCACCGUGUAUAAAAAUCCAUCGUUCUCAGGAUCUCUGCGGUACUCCUGCUCCCUUUUGUUCACCACGUAGAAGAACAUACACAGAAGAACAAAAUGGAGGUCGUCAUGCGGGGACGACUGAGACGAUCCAUAGUACUAGACGCCUGCUCUAACUUCAGGUGUGUCUUCAUCUUUUCGGGAACAGACCUGUUACCUACUCAAUAACAGAGGACUGUUCCCAUAACGCUGCAGCACGAGAAGAAGAGGCAGCGAAUGCUCAAGCGAAUGUGCCUGCUGCAGGCACAGUAGUUGCUAGCCAAACGCAUAUUGGAGUGCAUGGACUCAACCUCCCGCACCAUCGGGAUGUCCGCGAAUGCAACGUGGCGGUACCUCUCCCCGCACCUGAUGUCGGAGAUCCGACGACUUUUACCAGCAGGUGCCAAGGCCAUGCCUACACGGGCAACGCAAAUCAGCAGAGUAGGAGUUCAUCGGAGCACAUCACGUUGAUAACAAACCAGGCUAUGGCAGAGGCUUUAGCGCCAGGUCAACAUCCAAUUGACGCAGCUGGGCGCGCUGUGCCAAAUCGGAUGCCGUAUGGGCGAACGCUGAACAAUGGGAACGCGCAGAUAGGUUACGUGGCUGUCCUGGAAGCCCAGGCGCGCACUGGAAGAGCAGA